AGGUGUGGAGGCACAUCUCCACCGAGGCAAAGAGUUUCAUCGCGCUGUGCCUGGAAAAAGAGCCGGAGAAGCGGCCCGACGCGAAGACGUUGUUAGACAUGCCGUGGAUGCGUAUGGCGCGUACGUGCGCCGAGGGCGCCUCUUUGCCCAUGGUCCUUCCAGAGAAGCAACCGGACGCAAAGGACGUGGAAGCCAUCCCCGGCAUGUCCACCAUUGAUACGGCCUCCGCGUCCACGCCGCGGUCCAGGCUCAGCUUCGAUGGUUCGCCUCCUGGUGCGCAGAUGGCGCAGGGCAGUCUGCAGGGCUUCAACGAGUACCAAUGCCUGGAACAGCAAAUCAUCUAUACCGUGGCGCAUGAGGUGCAUCGACAGAACUUGCCGCAACUGAGAGCUUCCCUGGAAGAGACCGACUUCGAGCGUAGUGGCUUUGUCCAAUGGGCAGUGCUCAUGUCGUGUAUCAGGCAAUGCGGCGGAGCGUUGGCAGAUAUGGAGGUUGACUUCCUUCCUGACGUGUCAGGAGGCUUGGUGAAUUACAACAGCUUCUUGACAGAUGUGGCGAUGUUCCAGAGGAAUAGCCAGGAAUCUGCUUUGUGGUAUGCAUUCUCUGCCUAUGACAGCCACGGACGAGGUGAAGGGGAUUGCAGGAAGCUUCAACGGGAUCUCGGUGAUGCGCGAUCGCUGAUGAGCAAGUGCAUCACGGGGAAUUUUCCCGGCAUCUCCCUCGAGCUCAUCAAGCAGAGCCUCCAAGAGGUUUCUUUCAGUCGAGUCAAGUUUGAGGACCUGUUGAACAUGUUGAAUUCUGCGCCCUACGAGGUCAGCAAAGAAAACAAGCGUUUCUCGCGGAUGUUUUGAGGCUCCGUAAGUUUAUGACAUGAGUUGCAACCGACCCCCUUCCUUGGGUCCGGUUGUCCUAGUCCCUGAUCAGGCCUGAAAACAUAUCAAAGCUAUGGUCAAU